GUUUGUUCUAGUUUCUUUGUUCUUUAGUUUUUUUAACAACUUUUAAGAAAAAAUAAAUAAAUAAUAAUAUGGGAUACGUAAUUGAGUAUAGUAAGAAUGAUGAUCCUGUCUUCGGCAGCUGUACAGCAGAAAAAUGCGCCAUUUCAGGAGGAGAUCUUUGUAUUGGCGUCGUUUCUGAAACAGAAGGAAAGGAAACCCAGUGGAAACAUUGGACAUGUGUAACGCCAGCCAUCUUAAACACUAUUAAGCUCGCUGUCACAGAUCCCGCACAAAUGAAUGGAUGGGAUACACUUAAAACAGAUGACAAAGAGAAGGUACAGAAGGCAUGGAUGAGUGAUAAAGUUUCCAAUGCAAAACCAGACAAUAAGGAUGACGUCUCAACUGCCGAAAUAAAAGUAGAUGAUUCCGCCAAUCAAAAUCAAGCCGACGCUUGUGCUCCCGUCCAACCCGAGAUUGCGAGUGACAAAAAUCCAAGCCUCAUCGAUCAGGUACAGACCGUGAUUAGUAAUACCGAGGAGACCACGAUAACAACCCAAGAUACAACUGAGAGUACGGGUGAGAAGGAUACUACAGAGAAGAACGAAGCUACAACUGAAUUUUUCAACAAAGAGGUGGAAAUUAAAAAUGAUGUCAUUGGCAAGCAAGAUGAGGUAGCGUCAAAGAAUAACGAGGUGACCAAUGAGGUGAACGAGAAUAGCUCCGUCGUUUAUGAAAAGAAGGAGGAGAAAGAUGGACUCAACGAAAGCUCGACUGAAGUUAGUAAAAUUUCACUGGAGACAAGCGUGGUCAAUAAUGAUAUCAGUAGCUCAAACGAUAUCGAGAUGACCACGGAUGUGAGCUCUUCCAAGAAACGUGAUGCUACCACUAUGGAGGAAACUACCACAGUCCAAGAAAAAACAACUGUUGUUAGUGGUAGAACUUCAGGAAAAGUUAGACAUAUCAAGCCAGUCAGAAAACCCACUCGCAGAUCUCCAAGAUUUGUUGCCGGAAAUGACACUAAAUCGGAAGAAAUCACUCCAUCGGCUGCCAAAAAAAGAAAAGUUACUGAAGAUGUUAAGACUAUUUAGUCAUUUUUUUUUUCUGAUAAGAAAAUAUCUAUUAUGAUUUAUGCUACAAAUUUUUAAAAAAAAAAAUAAAGUAAAAAAUGGUGUAACAAA